CAGGCACGGAGUCGGGGCCUGGCACCAGCAGUCCGCAUCCGCAAAAGCAAACCCGCCGUUGCCCGGGGCUCCUGGGUCGCCUUCUCCGUUUGCGACGCCGCCUUCCCGACUGGAGAUAAUGCUGCAGCUUCCUCCCACGUUUAGCCUCGCUCGCUAGUCGAGGACCAAGAAAUCGACUGCCACCCAUCAUGCGCCCUGCGCCGUGGAGGGAACGAAUCUGCGCUGAACCACCAUCAAGACCCCUCCGGGUCCCCAGCCGCCUGCCCCUGAGGCCCCUACGAUAGCUGCGGCUUUGGCGAUACCGCAAACAUGUUCGAAAAAUCGCUUUACGACCUCAUCCGAGGCAUGCGCAACCACAAGGGCAAUGAGCGCGAGUACAUCCAGAAUUGCCUCAAGGAAUGUCGCGCCGAGGUGCGCAGCCAGGACAUGGACCUCAAGGCCACGGCGCUGCUCAAACUCAUAUACCUCGAGAUGAUGGGCCACGAUAUGUCGUGGGCCUCGUUUCAUGUCCUCGAAGUCAUGUCGUCGGCCAAGUACCACCAGAAGCGCGUCGGCUACCUCGGCGCUGUUCAGACUUUCCGGCCCGACACUGAGGUCCUGAUGCUCGCAACGAACCUGCUCAAGAAGGACCUGACCGCCACCGCCAUGCCCACCAUUGCCCUGCCCAUCUCGGCCCUACCGCACAUCAUCACCUCAUCCCUGGCAUUAUCAGUUCUAACGGACCUAUUGCCCCGCAUGAGCCACUCCAACCCAGGGAUCCGCAAAAAGACCAUCGUAACUCUCUACCGUCUCGCUCUCGUCUACCCCGAGACCCUCAGGGCUGCAUGGCCAAAGAUCAAGGAACGGCUUAUGGACAAGGACGAGGACGCGAGUGUAACCGCUGCCAUCGUCAAUGUCGUUUGUGAACUGGGCUGGAGACGACCCCAUGAUUUCUUGCCCCUAGCUCCCCGACUUUUCGAGCUACUCGUGGAUGGGGGCAACAACUGGAUGGCAAUAAAGCUUAUCAAACUGUUCGCGACCCUCACACCCCUGGAGCCGAGACUCAUCCGCAAACUUCUCCCGCCCCUGACCGACAUCAUCCGAACGACCCCUGCAAUGUCACUUCUGUACGAGUGCAUCAACGGUAUCAUCCAGGGCGGGAUUCUCGGGAGCCCAGACGAUGUAUCUGGUCGGGAGGAAAUCGCUUCAUUGAUUGUCUCUAGGCUACGCGGCAUGAUCAUGAUUGACGGAGAUCCUAACCUGAAAUACGUCGCCCUCUUGGCCUUCAACAAGAUCGUCGCAACGCACCCCUUCCUAGUCGCGGAACAGGAAGACGUAAUUCUCGAGUGCAUAGACAGCCCCGACAUUACUAUCCGCAUCAAGGCCCUGGACCUGGUCCAGGGUAUGGUUAGCAGCGAUAACCUGGUUUCUAUCGUCAGCCGCCUGAUGAGACAGCUCAAGGUCUCGUCCGAGCCUAGGGGCCAGCAAGUCCCUGCUGAGUAUGUCGAAUCGGACGAUGAUGGAUCAACCCCACGGGUACGGACGCCUAUCAACGCCCCUGACCAGGCACCGCCGCUGCCCGAGGACUACCGAGUCGACGUGAUCCGGCGGAUCCUUGCCAUGUGCUCGCAGAACAACUAUAGCAACCUGAUCGACUUUGAGUGGUAUAUCGACAUCCUCACACAGCUAGUCCGCAUGGCUCCCGUUCCCAGGCUCAGGGGCGACGAUGUCGAUGCCCUUGCAUCGAUGGCGAGACCUGGAUCGUCCGACGUGUCAGAGAGGAUAGGCGAUGAACUGCGAAACGUCGCCGUCAAGGUCAGAGCCAUGAGGCCCUCGGUCGUGCGAGCGGCGGACUCGGUAGUCUCGCAUCUCAGCUCCGAGUCCCAGUCGACACACGCUGUGACUUCCAGAGUUCUCGGCCCGGUGUCUUGGGUUCUUGGCGAGUACUCAUCGUUCCUUGCGUCGCCAGAAGUUACACUCGGCUGUAUCCUGCAGCUCCUGGCGCGCACAUCGCAUCCCGAGAUUCUGGUCUCAUUGAUGCAGGCCGUCAUCAAGAUCUUCGCCCUUGUUGCCGGUGACGAUGGUGCGCAGUGGACAGCCGAGCGCAAGGCCAAGAUCUCACUCACCAUGACACGGCUUCUGCACGUCCUAGAGCCCUUUCCUCUACACCCUAAUCUUGAGGUACAAGAACGAUCCGUGCAAUUCACCGAGCUUCUGAAGCUCACAGCAGAAGCCGUGUCAGGCCAAGAGGCGUCAACAGACGAGGUCUACCAGGACGCGCCGCUGCUUCUCACACAAGCAAUCCCGUCUCUCUUCACUGGAUGGGAGCUCAACUCUGUAGCCGCUGGCGUCCAGAUAAACGUGCCCCUGCCGGAUGGCCUCGAUCUCGGCCAGCCCAUUAAUCCAAACCUGGAGCGGCUACUAGCCGAGACAAACACUCUCAACAUCCCGGUUGAUGAGGAUAGCAAAUUCGAUAUCUACUACAACCAAAGACCUGCACCGACCAGCAUCUCAUCAUCGGAGCCGGCCAUCAAGAGGCUGGCAGACGCAUCCGAGGAGGUUGCAAGCUCAUACCAGAACGCAGGCGAGGAGAGCUACCUGGACGCCGAUAUCCUGGCGCGCCGGAGGGCUGAGCGUCUUGAGCGGAACAAAGAUGACCCUUUUUACAUUGCCGGGAGCAGGUCGCAUGGGACAUCAACGCCAAUCCACAACAUCCUCCAGAACGAGAACGGCCCUGGCCUAGACAUCGACUCGAUCCCAAUCAUGCAGCUGGAUCUCUCCAAGCUGGACAAGGGUCUCAGUGGAGAGGCUUCGGCAGCAGCAGCAGCGUCAAGAGCAAAAUCCAAGCAGUUACGGCCAAGAGUGACGGUCGCCGCUGAUGAGACGCUCGCAGGCAGUAGCGGAGUCUCGACGCCGGCGCAUAACUACGACUCAGAGACGUACAACUCUGAUGGGGGCGUGGUGCGCCAUCACCUGGCCAAGGGCAAACGAGGGGCAAAACACUCGCUUCUCCAGGUGGACUCUAGCCACAUUGGCGGACUUAGUCUAGACGCGCCGGCGGCUGAUGCGGCUCCAGACCCAGAGAAGCAGAAGCGAGAGGACGCGGAGAUGGCGGCGGCAAUGAAGGAGGUGGAACGACUGCGGCUAGAAAUGCAGCGGGCCAACGAGCGGAUACAAGUCGCACAGGGAAUACCGGCCGAGGGUGUUGCUGUCGUCAAGAAGAAAAAGAAGAAGGCGGCACCCUCACUGAAGAAAAAGACAUCGGUUGCCGAUGUUGAGGAGCAAGAGGGCGAGGGUGCAACAUCAGGAGGCGCCAUGGAGGUUGUGAAAGCCAAAAAGAAAAAGAAGAAGGCGGUAGCAUCCAUUGACGAGGGUGUCGUCGGAGAGGGGGCAUCUGUUGACAAGCCAAAAAAGAAAAAGAAGACUGCGAAGCCGGCCAGCGAUGCGAGCGCGUCGGCUGCCGUCUCAUGAUAGGACACGAGGAUCGUAUUCAAGAACUCGGUUGCAGAGGAUGUCACCCACUACCGAUGGACGAGACCCUUGUCAGGUGUGCUGUGUUUUGGCUGUGAUGGUGAAUCUAUCUCUGGAACCAUGACAGCCCUCCAUGCCCUAGUGCUUGAAGUUUGCGGUAUGGUAUGCCGGACGGCCUAGCGAGUGAGAAGGUGGGGAAAGACUAGACGCGACUUGGUGACAUCUUGACAGUGAUGAUGAUAAUUGAUCACUGUGAAUUUCUUUUCUUUUCAAUUGGUGUCUUUUUGCAGUGGUGUUUACGACAAAUUGGAUUCCCUUCCCAACCCUCAAACUUUUGUAUAAAUACCUCCUCGCUCUUCUCUCAAUCUCGAGCUGGGUAGACCCCUGUUGGAAGCACCAUAACCUGAGCAUAACCCACCCAAGUGCCGACCUCAAGCAAACAGCAAGCCAAGCCAGGAGACGACGGCUCUUGAGCGACAAGCGCCUCCCUCAUUUCCAGAAAACCCCCUGGGGUCAAGCGCCGUUCAGGUCGAAACACCACCUUGGUUCUCCGUAGCCCCAGCGAGCAUCUGGUUGACGGGUCACUGCCGCAAGCCAUGGACCCCAAGUCGGGAGAAGUGCAGGACAUUUGUCUGCCGUCCCCGAAUAUCCAAGGAUAGAUUCAAGCCAUCUUUCAACCAUUCGAUAGGCCGUUCAGAAUCGUCGUCAUGCAACUGCCCACGGACGCACGCCAGAAAUGAAAGGGCACCUGAUGAGGCCUGUUUCGACAAUGGAGAGCGGGCCAGCCGAUCAAAGCUGGCAGAAGGUCAGUGGCAGUAUCCAGAAUCUGUCAAACCUCCUCGUGGAAGAGGAGCUUUAUGGGGAUGAUGUGGGAGGCUCCAGGUGUUGUUCAACUACGAUCCGGAGCGUGGCGGCCGGGAAGGAAAACGGGCGUCCUGGACGAU